CCACACAGCAAAACCAAAAAGUGGACUAGCCGUUUCUCUUUCGAAAACGCAGCUACAAAAACCCUCAAAAAAAUCCCCGAUUCAAUUUUUUUUAAAAAAUCCUUGAUCCAAAAGAGAUCGAAAAGAAAUUACAAUCAUAAAGCUCUUUCCAUUCUUUUAUUUUGCUUGCAGUUGUAAAGAAAGAAGAGAUAUGAUGUCGCUGACUCCUGAUCAAUCUAGAAAGGUAGGGUUAGGCAUGAUGCCAUCUCCAAUUCCCUUCCUCACGCCGCGGCCGGAGAGGCGCCGCCAUGAAUCGAAAGGCCAUGACUGGAAUUCUGCUCGUCAGGACAAAGACAAAGAGGUGAACGUGCAAGUCGUACUAAGAUGCAGACCCUUAAGUGAUGAAGAGCAAAGAACGAAUGUCUCCAAGGUGAUAGCAUGUAACGAGCAUAAAAGAGAAGUCACUGUCUUGCAUAGUAUAGCUAACAAACAAGUAGAUAGAGUUUUCACCUUUGACAAGGUUUUUGGGCCUAAAGCACAGCAGAGAUCGAUAUAUGAUCAGGCCAUUGCACCGAUUGUUGAAGAGGUUCUUGAGGGUUUCAACUGCACAGUAUUCGCAUAUGGGCAGACGGGUACCGGAAAGACGUUUACAAUGGAGGGUGGAAAGAGAAAUAAGGGUGGGGAUUUGCCAGCCGAGGCUGGAGUUAUUCCACGAGCAGUUCGCCAAAUUUUUGAUACACUGGAGGCCCAAAAUGCCGACUAUAGCAUCAAAGUGACAUUUUUGGAGCUGUACAAUGAAGAAAUAACUGAUUUACUAGCUCAAGAAGACCCUUCAAGAAAUGUAGAAGAUAGGCAAAAGAAACCCAUUUCUUUGAUGGAGGAUGGGAAGGGUUGUGUGUUUGUAAGAGGUCUUGAAGAAGAAGCUGUCUAUAGUGCCAACGAAAUUUACACUCUCUUAGAACGAGGAGCAGCCAAAAGGCGUACAGCAGAUACAUUGUUAAACAAGCGAAGCAGUCGCUCCCAUUCUGUCUUUUCCAUCACCAUCCAUGUUAAAGAAGCAGCUGUUGGAGAGGAGGAACUUAUUAAAUGUGGCAAACUUAAUCUUGUUGAUUUGGCAGGAUCAGAGAAUAUUUCUCGUUCAGGUGCAAGAGAGGGUCGUGCAAGAGAAGCAGGGGAGAUUAACAAGAGCUUACUAACCCUGGGUCGUGUUAUAAAUGCACUUGUGGAACAUUCACCCCAUAUACCUUAUAGGGAUAGUAAGCUGACGAGGCUAUUAAGAGAUUCGUUGGGAGGAAGGACAAAAACAUGCAUUGUUGCUACAAUUUCCCCUUCUGCUCAUGCUCUGGAAGAAACUCUAAGCACACUAGAUUAUGCAUAUCGGGCUAAAAGCAUAAAAAACAAACCAGAGGCAAACCAAAGAGUAUCCAAGGCUGUAUUGCUCAAGGAUCUCUACUUAGAAAUUGAAAAGCUGAAAGAAGACGUUCGCGCAGCAAGGGAAAAAAAUGGGGUUUAUGUUCCGCAUGAGAAAUUUGCCCAAGAGGAAGCUGAAAAGAAGUUGAGGAUUGAGAAGAUAGAGCAAUUGGAGAAUGAGCUCAGUCUCAGAGAGAAUCAAGCUGAUAGAUAUAACGAGCUUUAUCUCACUGAGAAGGAAAAGAAAAUUGAUGUAGAAAGGGAGCUCAUGGAUUGUAAGAUGAAGUUGGAAAAAAGUAACAACGAAAGGUUGGAUCUUGAGGAGAACCUUAGGGUAACCAUUUCAACUCUAAAGGAAAAGGAGAUCAUCAUCUCGAAGCUACUAUCCUCAGAACAUUCUUUAAUUGAGCAUGCAAAGGAGCUGUGUGUCGGUUUGCAAACUGCAUCAGAGGAUAUAACUUCACUAUUUGGCAGAUUAGAUCAGAAAGACAUGAUGGAAGUAGAAAAUAGAAACAUGGUUCUGACAUUUGGUUCACAUCUAGACCAGAGUUUAAUUGACCUGCAUAAGACAAUCCUGGGGUCAGUUUCUGAACAACGGCAACAUCUAAGAUGUAUGGAAGAACAUGUUGAAUCAUUCCUUGCGAGUAAAACCGAUGCAACAGAAGUCUUGGAAACUAGGAUAAAGAAAAUGUCAGAGACACAUGCUUCAGGAGUAGUAGCCUUGAACGAACUUGCCAAUACAAUGCAAAAUAAAGCUUCCUCUGACUUACAACAGAUAAAUACUAUAAUCUCGUCUCAAAUGAGAACCGUUGAGCAAUUUCUUGCCACCAUGUUGUACGAGGCCAAGGAGGUUAUUGAGGAGAUCCAUAGUUCUCUUGAUGACCAAACACAGCUACUGGCUCUCUCCACUCAACAACAAGAGAAGGGAUUACAGCGUAGUUUUGCUUCUGCUCAAGCAGUUUCAAAGGCGACAGUGGACUUCUACAAUGAUCUCCAUCUUCGGGCUUCUGAGAUCAUGGCAUUUCUUGAAGAAAGCCAAAUCAAACAAUCAGACCAACUAUCUAAUUUUGAGACGAUAUUUAAAGAGAAGGCUGCUAGAGAAGAAAAGGAAGCUUUGGAAAAUAUAGCAGUAAUAUUAGCAUCAUUGACUUCUAAGAAAACAGCUAUGGUGUCAGAGGUAUCAAGCGACAUCUAUGACACAAGGGUACGAGAAAAUAAGAUAUUGCAGCGGGAAUUAUCCAACAUGCAGAAGGCUUCAUCUAAUGCUAAGGAGGGGUUGAGUAAAUAUGUAGAAAAAUUGGAAAGACAUUUUAUGGAAGACACAUUCUCGGUAGCUGAAUCAAAGGCUGUCAUGGAAAAUCUCCUCCAAGAAUGUUCAGAAAAGGCAAACGAUUCUAAGAAACAAUGGGAAAAUGCUCAUUCAUACUUGAACAAUUCCAAAGAGAGAACUGUUCUAGAGAUAGAAUCUGCUGUGAGGGAUAGAGUAAAUAAAAAUCAUGUUGCACAUCAAGAAUUUUUAUCUGAAUCCUCUGCUAUGAAAGCAGAUUUUGAUGCCAGAAUUGGUGAUGUAAUGGCUGCAGUUGAUGAUUCCAUGAUGCGGGAUCAAGAAACUAAGAAGGAAAUAGACUCCAUUACUUCCUUGUGCCUGGGUCAGCUCAAGUCAACACAAGAAAACCAUGGUGAUCGGAUAUCAAACAUUAGAAGCAAGGCCGAGAAGUGUCUCACGAAAGAUUAUCUGGUUGAUCAGAAUUCCGGGACAACACCUAAAAGACGAGUUAUAGCAGCAAUACCUAGCUUGGAAUCCAUUGAGGAAAGGAGAACAGUAGUGGCCUCGGAAAGUCCGAAGGAGCACGGGAAUUUAGAGAAGAGAGCAAAGUGGAGCCCUGCGGAGAGCAAGAUCCCAAGACAUCAUGCGGCGUCAUUUAAUAGAGCUCCUUUCACUGAUGUCAACUGAAAGUCAAGAAUUAGGAUAGGAUGUUAGAAGGCACGCAAGAUGCUAUGGCCAUUGCUUGUAUCUCACGGAAACGCUCAUCAACUGAUGAGCGCGUGAGUAAACGCACUUUGCUAAAUGUUUUUCUUGUCAACAAUUCCAUUUUCUUUCUUGCUU